UUUGUAUUGCCGCUGUAGCCAAUCAAAAUCAAGUGUUGUUCAUGUCAACAAUCAUGGCGGAGAAAAGAAAGGUUGUUGGCGAUGAAAAGCUCCAAGAAACAGAUAAACAGUUUCUAGAGAAAAGUAAUGUUAAAGAUAUGAUUAAGGAAGCAUUGGGUAAGGUUAUAGCCAACAGACCUGAAGAUCCAAUGAAAUUUUUGGCAGAAUAUUUUGAAUCGUAUGAAGAGCAAUGUGGUUUAGCACAGAAGGCAUUACAAGUUAUACAGAUGACCCAUCAUAGUCGACCAAUAUUUGACCUUAACGUUCAUCAGGCUUUUAAGAUUCUGAGUAAACAUAAAGUUACCAAAAAAGCACGGGGAGUAAAUGGAGGUAUUUAUACAGAUCUACUUCAUGCAUUAUGUAGGGAAAUUCAACCAGCUAUAACAAGUCAGCUAAUGUGUAAAAUAGAAUGUUGUCAUUAUGAAGCUGUGCCGUAUGAUGUGUUUAGAUCUAAUGUAUAUACAUGCUGUGUUUUACAAGAUUACAGUAAACUAGCAGAGAAGUUAUUUAAGACUUUAGAUGUUAAUAAUACAGGUAGAGCUGAGAAAGUUAUUUGUGAUGUUGUUUUAGAUCAACUAAAAUCAGUUUUAUCAUCAAGUUCAGCAACAAACUCCAUCAGAAUAAUUGAUGCAGGAAAAAAACUAGGACCAGAGGCAUUAUAUCAAGCUUUUGAAAAGGUUUCUAAUCGUGGGCGUGGUAAGGGUCAAACCUUUCAGACAUCAGAACAAUUUGUAGCUGAAGCUUGUGAAGCUUUUCUAAUGAAGGUGAAGAAGUUAAGAUAGCCUGUAUUAAAGGGGUAAUGAUAAUGGCAACUGGUUAGAAUAAUACAGAAAUAAAAUCUGCUCCUUUCAUAGUUUCAUUAUUGCAUGAGACAAAGUAUUCUCACUGUUCUAGAACACCUGUUACCACUUUUGUAUUUUUGUAUAGUACAUGUACAUUUGACAGAUAGAAAGAGGUUAUCAGUAUAUUCAGUUAGAAAUCAUACUGUUUUGGCAUCAUCAUUUGGAUGGUUGGAAUGAUGAGAGAAAAUAUACAAAUUAAGAUUGUAGAGAAGUUUCUACACUAUAUUAGUAUAAUAUCUUAUCUUCAAUUGUUGUACAUUAGUUUUUAAUUCUCAUACAUUAACACUACAAUUUAACUUCCACAUUGUCUUUGUAUACAUAUACAUAUGGCAAAUUAUCAUUGUAUUAUCUUUUGUGUUCCAAUCAUUGUUAAUUUAAAUCAUGUAAAGUAAAUUAUCUUGUGUCAAAGGAUAAAAUUAAUUAAUCAAUGUGAGUUGAUAUUGUUCUCAUCCAUAUAAAUCUAUAAUAUUUUGAUAUAUCAUAGAAGGAAUUGAUUGUGGAAUAUGUACAUAUUAUAUUGUUGGUAAUAUAGAUAUAUUUUAUAAUUCUCAAUAUACAUUUGUUACGAUUAAACUAUACAGUAUUAUUUUUCCUGAUAUUUUCUAUAAAAUUCUUAUUGUGGUUUGUUGGUUUAAAACUGACAAUGAUGUUAAGAUGAAUUGUUACUUUUAUCAACAAAUUUAAAUCUAAUAGAUUUUAUUACAUGUAUAGGUCUACAUAUUAAAGGGGCAUUAGGUAAGAUUAAAUAAAGAGCUGGCAGUUCUUGCUAUAAUAGUUAAAAAAAUAGAUAAUGAAAACAAAAUAUGCUGAAAAUUUCAGUCAGAUUGCUUCACUCUGAACCAAGAUCUUAGCCAUUGUAUUUUAGGCUAGUCUCGGUCGUCAUUACUGAGGUUGGUAGUUAAAUUAUCCAUCAUAAAAUGUAUUUAAAUCCAGUAAAUAUCGCAGGCUAACGAUGGCAUCGAGAGUUGAUUAUGGUCUGGAUAAGUUAAUUAAUGUCCAAUUAAUGAUUUAGAUAACAUUUCAGGUCCAAAGAAAGAUCUGUAAUAGGCAGUUUCAGCUCUUGCAUAAUGUAUGUUUAAUGUGACUGAAUAUUGACAUCGCCCUUGUGGUAAACAUAUUACUUAUCAAUUUUGAGAUUAUUCUAAAAAGAAAUUCUUUAGUUGUUGCCCCUGACUGGUUAUUGACCAAAAUAUAUCAUGUAGUUAACUAACUCACCCUUUUUUCAUAAUGGGAUAAAGCAGAUUCAAAUAGAUUUUGAUUUUGUUCAUGGGGUUAUUUCCAGAGUUACUGCCCCAGAAAUAUGUACACUCAUUGAUAAAAAAAACCCCAAACUAUUGACAUGCUUGUACUAAUUCUUCAGCGUUCGGGUUUUGACAGUUUUUCAACAACUAUUCUUGAAUAAGGAGUAUUCUAGUAAAGAUGGUUCCAAAAGUAUAUUCACAGUUAUUGUCUCUGACAUUAUUAUAAUUGGAAAAUCAAAUUACCAUACUUGUACCCAAUCUUGGGAGUACAGAUCUCCAUCUCCAAAAUUGUAAAAAAAAUGGUCAAUAGAGUUAAGAUGGUCCAUAAACCUUUUUAGCUAUUGUCCAGAAUUAUUGACCUGGUCUGUCCACCGAACUUUUUGAAAUGGAUGAUCAAAUUUGAGAAUUUUCAAACUUUUGGACUUAUUCAAGGGUUGAUUAACAUGAACUCUAUCUAGUCCCAAAGCCGUAUAUAGAUAAAGUUGCGACAACUGUGAAGCCAGAAAUUUCAUAUGACGUCAUGAAAACAUGACGUCAAGUGUACAAAGACUCCAUCUUGGGUCCCAAAAUGUUUGUACCUACUCACUAUCUUAUUUAUGUCCUGUAUCAUACUGUUGUGUCGAAGUUGGCUGUCCCCGACAGGGAUGUAGUUAGAUAUGCCAUAGAAUUCCGCAAAAAUGAGAUAAAACGUACUUUUCUUUAAACGAAAAGUAUAGCUGCCAUUAAGAAUUCUCGAAAUUAUAUUUUUGAGAUUAUCGCUGCCCUUUUAUUGCCAAAUUAAUGUUGUUGUUUUUUUUAUUAUUAUUAUUUUAUUUAAAUGGUAUUAUAUUACCACAUUGGCAGUCAUUUUGAAAGAAAUGCCCGCCAUCAAAUUAAAAAUACAUUUUUUAAUUGAUUUUUGUCAAAUUCGAUUUUUCGACACAUUUCGCUUGUAUAACCACUCUGUGUUUGAGGAAUUUAAAAAGAAAUUAUUUAUCCUCCCACCACUGAAAGACACUGAUUACGAGAUCUCGCUCUCCGAUAAUUCCUGAAGAACGUCAAACUGAAUUCUGUUAAUCAUGUUAUUUUGAGUAUGAUUUUGUCUGACAUAUUUAUCACUGAAUCACACUGCAUUGGUUUCUUUUGCAAUUAGUUUAGGAUAAAUUAUAGCCCGUAAAAUGUUAUACCAAGAAAAAAAUAAAACGUUUUGUUAAGUAAAGCUAUAUGACGCCAUGACGUCAUAGUUUUUAUGGCGCCUGUAAAUGAGUUGUCGUAACUUCCCCUAUACAGGGCUUUGUCUAGUCCUAUCGUUCAUCAAUUAUUCACAUUUUUCUUGCACCUGCCUGUAAACCAUAUAAUUGUAACAUAGAUCAGAAUUUAAAAUAAAUGGUAAUGAGAAUGAG